AUGGCGCUCAUUGAACUGCCCUAUUUUGCACCGAACCCUCCGCACCCGCUCCCAACAAAGGACCAGGUCGAUACUGCCCCCGUCCUCAUUGCCCACAAUGGGUACAGGGUUGUCCAUAUCAAGCCUCACUUUGUGGUGAAAUAUGGGAGCAGUGGGCAGCUCAAUCUUAUUGAAGGCGAGAACAUGCUAUUUGUCCGGCAAAUGACCGCAGUCCGAAUGCCCCAGGUGUAUGCACUCUAUACCGAUCCCGUUAAAUCUGUUAACUACAUCGUGAUGGAAUACAUCGAGGGUGACGUGUUAGCCAGCCAGUGGCCCAAUUUAACGCCCACAGACAAGACCAACAUAACCAAUACCCUGAAGAAGUAUUUUGAUCAGCUUCGAUCCCUCCCCUCUCCCGGAUAUUUUGGUGGCAUUGGCAGACGGCCUCUCCCAGAAGGGAUGAUUUGGUCCGAGAAGCCAAAUCCACAAAUAAACGGUCCACUCGACACUGAGCACGCCUUAAAUACCGCCCUCGCAUUGAAAUACGUUAUAGAAUCCGACAUUCAAACGGUCUAUAAAGCCGCAUUCUACCGACGAACUCUCGCACAAGUCUUCCAAGGUCAUGAUCCAAUCUUCACCCAUGGAGACUUCCAGCGAAAAAAUAUAAUCAUCAGGCGAUCGAGUGCCGGGUCAAGCGAUUUCGAGGUGACUCUUAUAGACUGGCAGACCUCAGGGUGGUAUCCUAGCUACUGGGAGUACUCCAUGGCUAUGUCUGCUACUCGGUGGAAUGAUGAUUGGGACCAGUGGGUUUCCUUGGUGCUGAAGAGCUAUGACGCGGAAUUCCCAUGGUUAAAGAUGUUGUAUUUGGAAAUUUCGUCGUAA